AUGAUACCUCCUCCGACUCGACUACACGCGCAGCGUCUAAAUCCACUCGCCCAGCCGACUGCUCCGACGUAUCGACCCCUUCCCACUCCUCAGACUCCCUCGGCGAUUCCAGCAACGCGCCCCGUAAUCGCGCCGUCGUCGAGCGAUACACCAACGCGUACGGCACCGUCAUUACCAGCUGCCGCGACUUUGACAUCCCGUCUACCGAAUGUGGACCGCUCGAGCGUCACGCUCAGACCGGCACAGGCAGCGCCAGUGCAGCAGUCAGUCCCGACGCCCGUCCAACCUGCCCAGCCCAACCAACCCGUGCAACCCGUCCACCCCUUGCAACCCGCCCAACCCAUGCAACCCGCCCACCCCAUCAUGCAACCCGCCCAACCCAUGCGACCUAUGCAACCCGUCCAAUCCGUCCAACCACCGACACCGUCCACUCCCAUCGACAUAAAACGCGCAGAAGUACAAUGUUCGUACAAUGCAUUAGCGCAAGCCAGUCAGGAAGUCCAAAACGGCUGGAAAGCGUAUAUCGCGGUUUUUCAGCAGGCAAACCAAGGCAUGGAGGCACUAUUAGGGAGCGGGACUGGGUUCAAGUCCAAGACCCAAGCCCUCUUUUUGCGACAACAAGAUUUUUUCGCACGGGAACGGGAACUCUUCGUGUUGCAGCGUGAGGAGCAUCAGAAGAGGAUGAAGGAGCUCGAGGAAAAGAUAAGUAGGGAAUAUGAGGAGAGGGACAAGAAGAUCAAGGAGGAGGCGGAGAAAAAGGAGAAGGAGCAGAAGGAGCGACAGGAGCGGUUGCAAAAGAGGUACUUGGAGGAGGAUCGGAGGCUGGACAACGAAGAGGAGCAGUUUGAAAGGAACUUGGAGGCUAAAAGAACCGAAAGGAGGAGGCGGAUGGACAAGAGAAUGAAGGAAGAGGAGGAGAAGUGGGCGAAGGAUGAGGAGCGACGUUGGAGGGAAUGGAAGGAGAAGCGGGAGGCGUUGGAGAAGGAGGAGAUGAAAAAGUGGGAAGCGGGCUGGGAUAAGUGGCAGCAGAAGAAAGCGGACAGAGCGGCGAUGAAGCACGAGUACUACCAGCACAAGUCGACAGGGGAGAAGAGGAAGAGGUCGGCCGAGUCGGAUUCUGAAGGGGGUUCUCGUACGCAUACGGGGGUCGCUCAGGCUCGUAAGAACGGUAGUGGUGACGACAACGGUCGUGGUGGAUCAUCGGCCAGCUCGCUUUCUCGUAAGCCGAUUAAACGAGGCUCGAGCGACGCUCCAACGACCGGUACCAACCAUCGCCCUCCAGCUUCAGCCUCCACCUCGACCUCGAACGACCACCCGAAACGCAAGCCCCUGGAGAAAAACUUCAAACCAUCGAAAUGGCCAUGCGGGGCUUGCCUUCGCGAAGGGGUAGUCUGCCGGCGGGAGAAAGAGCCCACAGUCGACGAUCGUGGGGUUGUGCUUAAAAAAGGUGGCGCCCCUGUAAAGAAAAUGCCUCCCAAUACGCGAUGUUGGAUGUGUAUUCAUGACAAUCCUCAAGGUGGUUGUGGGGUGGCCGAUACCAGUGCUUCACGAGAGCCGAAGGCGAGUUUGGACGAAGGAGAGGAUGAAGGCGAGGAUGGAGGGCUCGAGUACACGGAUGAUGGUGAAGGAGGGGAAUCUGAAUCGUCUGGUUCCGCCGCCGGGGAGGAGUCAGGUUCGGAAGAGAUGAGCAAUCAUGGUGUCGAUGAAAACCGAAGGGUCAGAGAUCUGGAGAGGGCGGUAUUUGGAGAUACUGACUAUGAAGAUGAAAAACCUCUGCCUAGGAAAAGGCGGACAUAG